AUGCCUACCUUAGAUGCUCCAGAAGAGAGGCUGAGAACAUUUAAGUACCAAGGCAAAGACACACCUCUGAGGCGGCAACAGUAGAUUGUGAUCAGCCUGGAGCUCUGGAAGGCCAAGAAAGAUGAGUAGACCUUAAAGAGAAGGCUAAUCAAUGAUUUCUCCCCUGACUCAGCUUCUGAAAAACUAGCCAAAGGGAUAUUGGAGAGCCUCACUCUGGGUGAAAUAAACAAAGAUAUGAAUAGCUCAGAUCCAGUUGUAUGUUUCCAGGCCACCUAGGGAACCAGGAAAAUGCUAUUCCAGGAAAAGAAUCCCCCUUUAAAAUCGAUUACUGAAGCGUGGCUUGUUCCCAGGCUGGUGGAGUUCCUUUACCCCUGCUUGCAGUUCGAGGCUCCCUGGGCUCUGACCAAUAUCGUUUCAGGGACUUCAGUGCAGACCCGAGCAGUUGUGGAAGGAGGAGCCAUCCAGCCCUUGACUGAGCUUCUGUCUUCCUCCAAUGUGGUUGUGUGUGAACAGAAAUUCUCCUGGGGAGACAACUUGGUCUGCACUAACCUUCAUCUUCCUGAGAACCAUGCUAUAAAAGGGCAGCGGCAUUUAGAUUGGGCCGCCCGGGCUCGUGAUGGCCUAGAGUUCAGAGACAUUGUUAUCUCAAGAAAUGUCAUUCCACAUCUGCUGGUCCUAAUUUCAUCAACCAUAUCAGUGAUCACAUUUCUGCGGAAUAUUAUGUGAACCUUGUCCAACCUGCGCCAAAACGAGAACCCACACCCUUGCAAAGAAGUUGUGAAGCGAAUACUGGCAGCCCUCUUCCUCCUCCCAUAGCACCAUGACAGUGAGAUCCUCUCGGACUUCUGCUGGGCCCUGCCCUUCCUCACUGAUGACUGCAACCAGUGUAUCGGCCAAGUGCUUGACACGAGGGUCCUGCUCAAACAGGUAGAUCUCCUGAGCAGCUCAGAACUUAGUAUCUUGGAAAAUAUCUCUUCUCUUUUCAUCGUGGGGAACAUCAUCACGGGCACAGAUCGGCAGACCCAGAAGGCCAUCGAUGCGGGCAUACUCAGCAUGCUGUCCCAGAUCCUGUGGCACUCCAAGUCCACCAUCCAGAAGGUGGUGGCCUGUGUUCUGAGCAACAUGGCUGCAGGACCCUGCCAGUACAUCCAGCAGCUAAUUGGUUAUGACACACUAACUCCCUUGGUGGCUCUGCUAAAAAAUGGAGAAUUUAAAGUACAGAAAGAGACUCUAACAGUGGCUAAAUUUGUAACUAAGGCCACUGUGGACCAGCUAAUCUGGAGUGUCCACUCUGGAAUCCCAGAGCCACUGGUAAAUCUGCUCACUGUCCCAGAUGUCAAAAUCGUUCUCAUUAUCCUCAACAUCAUUUUUUACACCCUCUAAGUGAGCUGUUCUGAGCAAGUUGCAGAGAAACUGUCUGAGAAGGAACAUCUGUGUCUUCUGAUGGAAGAACUCAGAGGGAUUGAUAGAAUUGAAGCUUUCUGACUUCAGGAGAACUGUCAGAUUGACUGGACCGCUCUGAAGAUCAUUGAGAAAUACUUUGGUGAGGUAAGUGACUUCAGAGCCUGA